UACUCUUCUCCUCACCUCCAUCACAGCCAGUAAAGAUGGACUCUUGAGAGAAUUCUUAGUUUCGGUGGUGUAUACUCAAGUGUCUAAUGUUAAAGUUUUUUUUUUUAAUUUAAAAAUCCGUGUGCGAGCGCGUAAAAAAUCGUUUCCUUUAUUUAAUCCGAAAUCUGAACAAGUUUCGUCUAUGCAUGCAACGUUUUGUUGAAUAAUGAUUGUGCAAGAGCCAGUACAGGCUGCCAUAUGGCAUUGCCUGAAUCAUUAUGCUUAUCCGGAUGCUAUAUUCUUAGCGGAGAGACUCUGCGCCGAAGUGGAUUCGGAGGAUACACUUUUUCUUUUGGCAACGUGUUAUUAUCGUUCUGGAAGAGUGAGGCAAGCUCAUGCUUUGCUCUCAAAAAAAGCACCGAGUUCCUCGCAAUGCAGAUUCCUAUUGGCAAAAUGUUGUCACGACCUUGAAAAAUAUGCAGAAGCAGAAGCAGCUAUAACCGGUGGUUAUUACAAGCAAUUGAAAAAUUUAGAGGAUGUAGUAACACAAUUUGGUGAUCAAGCUUGUUUCACGUUGCAAAUAAUAGCAAAGAUAUAUUACAAAAUAAUGAGAACGGCAAGAGCUAACGAAGCUCACAAACUGGCCUUGAAGUUGAAUCCGUUUUUGUGGCAUUCGUUCGAGGAACUUUGCAACGUCGGGGAAAAGAUUGAUCCUGCAAAAACUUUUCAACUCGAUAAAUUGGAAAAUUUUGCAAUGUGUCACGGAACAACACCGAUUUUGAAUUACGUCACUGAGCCCGAUCUCAUUGUUUCCAACAAUUCAAACAACAACACACCUACUUCGAACACCAACAACGUAACACCCGUUGGCCAAACGAUGAUCGUAAACGGCUCACCAGGAGGAAGAUUGUACUCGACGACCCCUUCUUUGGAAGAGAGCCCGCAAACGACGCAACAGCUGCCCUCCGGGGCGCAACCGGUACAUUAUAAUAAUACUUCAUUGAUAUCACCGAGAGGAAAGCCACCGCGUUAUAGAAGUAUGUUCAGCAAUUCGAUGAGCCCUUUAACUCCCAGUUUCGGUAUUCUUCCGUUGGAUUCGAAUAGUCCUGAACCAACAAUAUUGCCAUCUCACGUCUCUAUUAACGAAGGUAGUGACCUCAAAAGCCUUGCCAAACGAGUCUGCAGUCUCAGAGCACACGUUGGGCAGUUGAUGUCGAGAAAAGAAACGCCGCUUCAACAAGGCAAGCCGGUAUUCUCACAAUCCGGUAACACGAGUAACACUGCCAAUAUUGUUACGGUAACACCGACAACGCCGACGCCGACAGCACCGACUCUUCAGGGACCUAAUGUCAGACGUUCGUCGAGACUCUUUAGUCACAGUUAUUCAGUAAAGGAAAACAACAAAUCGCCAAAUCGCAACAAAUUCGUCACCCCAAAGUCACCAUCUCGCAAGACCAAAGCUCGUCUGUCAAAGACUAAUUUAAAUAAGGCUAAUUUCAAUGAAUUGAACGAGAGAAAUCGAAGCGAGAAGGAAAAGAGCGAGACAAUAACUUCGGAAAAAAUGGUUGCAGCUACCAAUGCCCUUAAUCAUAGCAACGCUUCGCAUUGCGCGCUGAUCCUCCAAAAACAAUGCGCCGAAGGAUUAAUGUCGCUACUCCGAGAGUUGGGUCUGGCGUAUCAGCAUCUGAGCCAAUUCAAUUGUAGCCAGGCGGUCGAAAUAUUGAACAUAUUACCGGCCCGCCAUUACAAUACGAGUUGGGUAUUAUCGAUGCUGGCCCGAGCGCAUUUCGAGAUGAACGAUUACAAAAAAUCAUCGAGCUAUUUCAGUCAAGUGCGACAAUCGGAGCCCCAACGUACAGAAUUAAUGGAAAUAUACAGUACGGUUUUAUGGCAUUUGCACGCCGAGGUCGAAUUAUCGACCCUGGCGCAGGAACUCGUCGCCGAGGAUCGCAAUUCACCGGCUGCGUGGUGCGCAACGGGAAAUUUGUUUUCCGCUCAAACCGAGCACGAGACGGCAAUUAAAUUUUUUCAACGAGCCAUUCAAGUCGAUCCAAAUUUUCCAUACGCCUUUACGUUGCUCGGCCACGAGUACGUAUUAACCGAAGAAUUGGACAAAGCCAUAACUGCUUUCAGAAACGCUAUAAGAUUGGAUCCUCGACAUUAUAACGCUUGGUUCGGUCUUGGAACUAUUUUUUUUAAACAAGAACAAUACAGUCUUGCUGAAUUACACUUUAAACGUGCGCUGCAAAUAAAUCCGCUUAAUUCGGCCAUCAUGUGCCACAUCGGAGUCGUUCAACAUGCCCUCAAAAAAACUGAUCAAGCCCUCAAAACUUUGAACGCCGCGAUCACCAACGACCCGGACAAUACCCUCUGCAAAUUCCAUCGUGCCAGUAUUAAUUUUUCUAUUGGACGACACUACGAGGCGCUCAAAGAAUUUGAAGAAUUGAAAAGCAUCGCUCCCAAAGAGUCUCUAGUCUAUUACUCCAUAGGAAAGGUUCACAAAAAAUUAGGCAAUACUCAUCUAGCCCUGAUGUACUUUAGUUGGGCCACAGAUUUGGAUCCUAAAGGGGUCAACAGCCAAAUCAAAGAGGCGAUUCUCAGUCCUGGUCAAGGAGACGACGAAGUACCCACGAUUCAAUCACCGGAUCCGCAGCCGCAAAACAGUUCGACGGAGCAGGACGGCGAGGUAAGCGGGGAAGCUAGCGGGGAGAGUAGCAUUUCGGCGAGGAACGUGACGAUCGAGGCGCACGCUGACGACAGCGACGACAGCUUAUGAACGUCCAGGUUUACCAUUGCGACGAGAUGUCUAAACUCGUACUAUCUCGUCUUGCGCUACAGAGGAAUAUAUUAUUUAUAUAUAUACAUAAACAAAAGAAAAAACAGAGCGGAGAAGAAAGAGAAAAAUGAAACUAGGCGCGGCAGGAAAAGGGUUUAGGCGCACACCGAGCGCCCGAAAAGUUAUCAAGAUAUUGUCUAUAUGGUUCGGAGAAGCAUUUUUUUACACUCGCGCUGUUUCUCUUUUUUUUCCCCUCUAUCGUCAUCUUUUCUCAUUUUCUUGACUCCAUAUUCUCGCAUUUCUUCAUCGAAUUUACAAUUAUGGCGAAGGAAAACGAGCGCGCUACUAGAAAGAAAGGAAAAUUGUGGGUGUCUCGAGGGCGAUUUAUUCAUCUCGUGAUUGUUCAUUAGAUAGAAGGAUAUUAAUUUAGUCUAGAAGCAGAAAGAACAGGAGGAGUCGAUGCUGCUGAAUUUUUGUGUAAAUGUAAAUUAUUAUUAUUAUUUCUAGUAUUAUUAUUAUAUUUAAUGUUAUUAGGAUCGAAGCGAUCACUGGACGAGUGUUGGCCUCGCCAAUCGCGCCACCGAAAGAUCGCGUGCAAUUAAUCGAGCGGCGUCGCAAGAGUGAGCGAGGCAAAGGGAGCGGGAGCAUUAAACAGAGAUUUUUAGAAACGCAAAGAUUUUUUUUUCUAAAUUCUCGCGCGUCGCAGCUUCGAUAUCGCCGAUAAGAGUCUCUCCUCUGUUCCAAGGACACGAGUAUAGCGUACAAGUCGCGUAUAACUAUAUCCCGACCCCCAACAUCGAUAGAUUAUUUAAUGGAAGAAGAAAAAAAAUUACAAAAAAACCGAAUCGAAGCGAGGCAAAGCAAAAGAAAAUAAAAAGAUGAAUACGAAA